AUGUGUUUUGGCUGCCGCAGACUUGGCUUCGUGGAAUCCUCUCCCACGCCAGAACCAGAAGACGACGGGGAGGACGAGGAGCAGCCGCAGCCGCAGCCACAGCAGUUUGGCAGGCCAGCGCGUCGAAAGAAGCUCGUACCGAAGCCCAAGACCAUCGUUUACUCGGCGCCUAGCCAUGACGGCAUCCCGGCCUUCGUGGCAUACUCAGUCCCUGCAGACAACCCGGACAAUGCUGACCUGACUGGCGAGGACGACGAAGCGCCGCCACUCAUCUGGGGCAAGGUCGCGUUUGAGAUGUUAGGGAAGUCGGCGUUGAUUUCCUCCUGA